AUGUAUCCCCGGUCUUGGCGCAUAUUCAAUGGCCUGUGGAUAUUAUCUCCCCGCAAGUUUGCAUCCCAGACCGAGCAAGAUGUGCAAAUCGCGCGGGAUUGGCUCAGAACUCUCAAUGCCAAGUCUAUUCCUCGCAAUAUCUGCGAGAUCUCUUUUAGUCGAUCCAGUGGUCCAGGUGGACAAAAUGUAAACAAGGUCAAUUCCAAGGCCACCUUGAAAGUCCCCUUGGACUCGUUGUUACCCCUGGUGCCCCGUCUGGUACACCCCACACUACGUGCUUCGCGAUAUGUCGCCGAAAGAAGCCAAUGUCUGGUCAUUCAAUCUGACGAGGAACGGAAACAGUCUAAUAAUGUGGAAUCAUGCUUUGACAAGCUCUAUCAGCUGUUACGGAGCUCAGCUAAAGAGGUGAUCCCCGGGGAAACCUCCCAAGCGCAAAAGAAUCGCGUGCAGAAAUUACAACACGCUCAGAACGAGGGUCGGCUAAAAGACAAGAAACAGCGUAGUGACAAGAAAAGCAGUCGCCGGGGAAGCAAGUACGAUGAUUGA